AUGCUGCAGCUGAGCCUGCCCUGGCUGGGACUGGGGCCCCUGGUGGCCUCCCCGUGGCUACUCCUGCUGCUGCUGGCGGCCUCCUGGCUCCUGGCCCGCGCCCUGGCCUGGUCCUACAGAUUCUACGACACCUGCUGCCGCCUCCGAUGUUUCCCAGAGCCCCCACGGCGGAACUGGUUUCUGGGUCACCUGGGCCUGGUGAGUGACAAUGAGGAGGGCAUGCAGCUUGUAGAGAAACUGAGCCACUGCUUCCGUGACAUCCAUCUCCGGUGGCUUGGGCCCUUCCACCCCGUCCUGCAGUUCGUCCACCCUAAGUUCAUUGCCCCCCUGCUCCAGGCUCCAGCUACCACCAUGCCCAAGGACACGUUUGUCUAUUACAUCAUGAAGCCUUGGCUGGGGGAUGGGCUUCUGCUAAGUGAUGGUGACAAGUGGAGCCACCACCGCUGUCUGCUGACACCUGCCUUCCACUUUGAUAUCUUGAAGCCCUACAUGAAAAUUUUCAGCAAGAGUGCAGACAUCAUGCACGCCAAGUGGCAGUGCCUGGCCUCGGAGGGCCACACCCGCCUGGACAUGUUUGAACACAUCAGCCUCAUGACCCUGGACAGUCUCCAGAAAUGUGUCUUCAGUUUUGACAGCAAUUGCCAGGAGAAUCCCAGCGAAUAUAUUGCUUCCAUUUUGGAGCUCAGUGCUCUCGUGGUAAAGCGGGCCCAGCAUCUAUUCUUGCGCAUGGACUUCCUGUACCACCUCACCCCCAAUGGGUGGCGCUUCCGCAGGGCUUGCAAGCUGGUGCACAACUUCACAGACGCUGUCAUCAGGGAACGACGUCGCGCCCUCAUCAGUCAGGGUUCCCAUGACUCCCUCCAAGCCAAGGCUAAGGCCAAGACUUUGGAUUUCAUUGAUGUUCUCCUGCUGGCCAAGGGUGAAGAUGGGAAGAGGUUAUCAGACGAGGACAUCCGAGCCGAGGCUGAUACCUUCAUGUUUGAGGGCCAUGACACCACAGCCAGCGGCCUCUCCUGGGUCCUGUACAACCUGGCAAGGCACCCGGAAUACCAGGAGCGCUGCCGGCAGGAGGUGCAACAGCUCCUGGGGGACCGGGAGCCUCAAGAGAUCGAGUGGGACGACCUGGCCCAGCUGCCCUUCCUGACCAUGUGCAUCAAGGAGAGUCUGCGCUUGCACCCCCCAGUCACGAUGAUCGCCCGCCGCUGUACCCGGGACAUUACGCUCCCUGACGGCAGGGUCAUCCCCAAAGGUGUUAUCUGCGCUAUCAGUAUUUUUGGGACCCAUCACAACCCAUCCGUGUGGCCGGACCCUGAGGUCUAUAACCCCUUCCGCUUCGACCCGGAAACCGCCCCGAAGAGGUCACCUCUGGCUUUCAUUCCCUUCUCGGCCGGGCCCAGGAACUGCAUCGGGCAGGCGUUCGCCAUGGCCGAGAUGAAGGCGGUGCUGGCGCUCACGCUGCUGCGCUUCCGCGUCCUGCCGGACCAGGCGGAGCCGCGCAGGAAGCCCGAGCUCAUCCUGCGAGCAGAGGGCGGGCUGUGGCUGCGGGUGCAGCCGCUGGGCGCGGGCCCUCAGUGACCCUCCAGCGCCUGGCCUGGCUCCAGCCCGCACACCUCCCCGUGCAGGGUCCCAGGAAAAACACUGUGCUGUCACCGCUGCCCCGUCUCUGAGCCCGCGACCCUGACUGCCUCUCCAGCCCAGCCCAGCCCAGCCCAGCCCAGCCCAGGUCCCCACGCUGAUUGCGGGCUCUCCUCGGGCCCAAGCAAGGACUCUGUA